CCUGCUACUCCCCCACCGAGAUGCAGGCCUGCCAGGUGGGUGUCCAGUCCACGGCCACGCCCACUGCCUGCCCCUGGCUAUGUCUGUGUGAGCGGAUCGGGCGGGGUGCUCUGCCAGCCGCAGAAUACGUCAUCCGGCAGUCAGGCGGACUGCCAGUCGUGCAACCAGUGCGAUGCGUCCCAAACGUUUGCCUGCACCGGAACCCAGAGCUUCGCCCUCUGCCUGGGCACAAAUACCGUCCAGGAUUCGGUGGGGACCUGUGCCUCCGGCUAUGUGUGCAACACCAAUGAAACCCAGAUAUGCGGUCUGCCAGCCAGUGGGGUGAUGGCGACCUGUUCGUAUGCUGCUGCCACAGCCAUCAGAACGACGAGCCGCCCCACCAGCACCACCAGCACCACCACAGCAGCACCACCUUCCACCAGUUCCGCAUCCGCAUACUGUGCGGAGGUUUAUUGGGUGCGUGAG